AUGUUUAAAGUGAAUGAGGGUUCAUCUAAAGAAUCUCAAGUUUUUAAGAAGAAAGCCCCAUCUCAACCUAAAUUCACAAUUGAUAUUAGUGUUUCCAAAGAUGUGGCUCGACACAAGAAGAAAUCAAAUUUGAAGUCGGGUAUUGUUAAUAAGGAAGUUACUGAAGAAGAAGCACAACAAAACAAGAAGCAUAAAGCUACAAGAUUGUUGAAACGUUUUAAGAAGCUAAGAGCUCAGACGGUUGAAGAGAUUUCAACCACAGCGAAGGUUGUUGAUGGAGACAAAGAUAGCGAAGAGAUGGAGGAAAUGAUUCAUAAAACUGAUGAUCUUACAUUUCAUGUUUCACCACGAAAGGAUGCCACUGUUGAAUCGCAUGGCGAGGAGAUAAGCAAUCAAGACGUCACUGUACACACAUAUAAUGUGGAUACAAACAUCAAUACUGGUGCAACGAUUUCAACUUCGAUUGCUGAGUUGAAAAUUGUUACUCCACCUGAAGUUCCUAGUUCCAAGUCCAAAAUGGAGGAGGAUAGAUCUUCAAACAUCUCUGAGAGCUUAUAUGAUAAUGACUAA